UUUUUUUCUUUUUUUUUUUCCCCCUUAAUCCCCUUCAAAAACCCUACCCGCCUUUCUUUUACAGAGGGCGAAGCGGACGACCUUCAAUCCUCGUGACCUGCAUCAAAACCCUAGCAAAAUUUUUAAGGAUCUAUUAGGGAGUUUCAGAUGGAGAUAGGCGAAGGAGGAGGGUCUCGGCAUGGAGAAGAGGAGAGGAGAGGAGACGAAGAAGAGCAAGAAAAGGAGAACGAAGAAGAUGUAGCGGAGGUGGAGGAAGAGGAGGAGGAGGAGGAGGAGGAGGAGGAGGAGGAAGGUGAUGAUGAGGAAUACGCAAUAGAAUUCGACGAAGAGACGAACCCUCUCGACUUCAUUGAGGAGGCCGCGGACGGCGUCGAGCUCUACCAGCAAUUCGAGCGGCUCGAGUACGAGGCGCUCGCCGAACGGAAGCGCAAGGCCCUCCAGGACCGAAUAGACCGGGGUGAGCCCUCCAAGAAGCCACGACGAGAUGAGUUCUUGGGCGCCACAAUGGAAGAGAUCAAUGAGAUGAUGAACUUUGGGAUGCGCAGGAGGAAUAGGUCGCGAGCUCCUAAGAAAAGAGGGAGAAAGAAGGGGUCGAGGAAUAAAUUCACCCAUGAAGUUAGUCGGAAAAUUGGUGAUGCUACUCUUCAUUAUGCAUCUGGAGACUAUGAAGAGGCAAUUCCUUUAUUGGAAGAGGUUGUGUUGCUUGCACCAAAUUUACCUGAUGCAUAUCAUCUACUUGGACUAAUAUAUGAAGCCAUGGGUGACAGAAUGAAAGCUAUUAAUUUUCACAUCCUUGCUGCAUACUUAUCACCGAAGGAUCCGUCAUUGUGGAAAAAGCUUGUAUCUUGGUCAAUAGAACAAAAGAAUACUGGUCAGCUUAUGUAUUGUCUUAAGAAGGCUAUAACUGCAGAUCCAAACGAUGUAGGCCUUAAGUUUGACAUUGCUUUACUGCAAUUUGAAAUGGGGGAAUACAAGAAAGCUGCAGAAUCAUAUGAGCAGAUACUAGAGAUCUAUCCCGCCAACAUUGAAGCACGCAAAAUGGCCUCAAAGAUGUAUCGGAAAUGUGGUCUACAUGACAUGGCAAUCAGUUUACUUGAAGAUCAUGUCAAUCUUCCUAAUUCUAAAGCGGACUUGAAUGUUGUAGAUCUUCUAGUUUCCUUGUAUAUGGACAAAAAUGCACAUAAUGAGGCACUUAGGCAUAUCGAGAAUACCCGGCUAGCACUUGGCUUUGAGAAACUGCCUGUAAAUCUAAACACGAAAGAAGUAAUCUGCCAUGCUCAUCUUGGAGAGAUGGAACCUGCUGAGGUAUUUUUUCAGGAUAUUCAAAUGGAAAAUUCUCCGGAUAAAGGAGAUUGGAUAUUGGAAGUUGCUGACUCAUUUGCUUCUUUGGGGCAGUAUGAUUAUGCAGUAAAAUUGUACUCCAUGCUAGAGGAAAUUGUUGGUGAUAAAAAUGGUAAAUUGUAUCUUAAAGUUGCUCAAUGUUACAUAUCCAUGAAGGAAAGUGGAAAAGCUAUUCCGUUCUUCUACAAAGCUUUAUCUAAAAUGGAAGAUGACAUUGAUAUCCGAUUGACUCUAUCCUCCGCCCUUGUAGAAGAGGGAAAGGAAGAUGAAACUAUUAUUUUGCUUUCCCCUCCUAACAAUUCAGAUAUUGCACAAUCCAAACCUUGGUGGCUUAAUGGGAAAAUUAAAUUGCAGCUUGCAAAAGUUUAUCGUGACAAAGGGAUGCUGGAAGCCUUUGCUGAUACUAUCUUUCCAUCACUUCGUGAAACAUUAAUUAUUGAAUCCAUGAAUCAGAAGGUGCGACCUGCAAAAAAGCUCCCAAAAACUGUUCUAUUUGAGAGAGCCAAGUUGUUGGGUGAACAACAACCUCAGAACAUUUUUCACGGGUUUAAACCAAUCGCAACAACAGCGGAGUUGGCCAAAGCGGCUAGAGCAAAGAAAUUGCUACAAAAGAAGGCAUCUUUAAGAGCAGAAAGGAAAGCAGCAGCAAUAGCUGCUGGCUUGGAAUGGCAAAGUGAAGAUUCAGAGGACGAAACUCCGCGGAAGGAAAUACAAGAACCUCCUCUUCCAGGACUGUUAAUGAACAUGGAGGGCUAUCAACUUAUAUUAGAUCUUUGCAAAGCAUUGGCAUCAUUGAAACGAUAUUGGGAGGAACUGGAGAUUAUUAACCGCACUCUCAAAGUGGCCAACAAUAUAUUAUCUGAGGAGAAAAAAGAAGAGCUUCGAUCAUUGGGUGCACAAAUAGCAUAUAGCACUGGAGAUCCGAAACAUGGAUACAAUUAUGUACGUCAUAUAGUUCAGCAACAUCCUUAUAGCAAUGCUGCAUGGAACUGCUUCUAUAAAGUGGUUUCAAGAGUGGAAAAUCGCUUUUCGGGGAAAUUCCUAAACCGGAUGAAGGCAGCAUGGAGAGACUGUGUACCACCAAUAGUUAUUAGCGGCCAUCACUUUACUGCAAUUAGCCAGCAUCAAGCAGCUACUCGUGAUUAUUUGGAAGCUUACAAGCUGCAGCCUGAUAAUCCUCUUAUUAAUUUAUGUGUUGGCAUCUCUUUGAUUAAUUUAGCUCUCGGUUUUAGGCUUCAGAAUAAGCACCAGUGUGUUGUCCAAGGGUUUGCAUUUCUCUACAAUUAUUUACGCAUCUGCGACAACAGCCAGGAAGCUUUGUACAAUGUAGCUCGGGCUUACCACCAAGUCGGCCUUGUUACACUUGCCGCUGCUUACUAUGAGAAGGUUCUAGCAGUUAAGGAGGAGGACCACCCAAUUCCCAAGCUCCCCUAUGAGGGUUCAAGUACUAGAGAAAAAAAUCUGAGGCCAGGUUACUCUAACCUGCACAGGGAGGCUGCUUAUAACUUGCACUUAAUUUACAAGAAAAGUGGAGCAACAGAUCUUGCGAGACAGGUACUGAAAAAUUAUUGUACAGUUUGAAACUAUUUUGGGUUUUUAAAUUAUCUAUGCGUAUAUAAGUUAUUUGUAAUUCAAAAAUAAAUUGGCUGAAGAAAAUAAUUAAAAAGAAAAUUCUUUCCCCUAGCAUCAAA